AUCAACAUUCAGUUCUGAGGUAAACUUUAAUCACAUCGGUUGGCAUAGGUUUUUUUUUUAUUGAAAUAGAAGAACCAAAAAAAUGAUUAACGUUCGACCUCUGAAUCCAGAAUUAGCUAAAAAGGCUCGAGAGGAACUUCACGAAGUCGAAAGUCGCAUAGCAGAUGAUAUAAUAGCUUUAAGGACAUGGGUGGAAAAACAACCUCAUCUCCAUGCAAGGACAGAUGAUCAGUUUUUGUUGUCAUUCCUGCGAGGAUGUAAAUAUAGCAUGGAAAAGGCUAAACAAAAAUUCGAUUAUUACUACACAAUCAAGACUAUGUCACCUGAAAUUUUCCUCAACAAGCAGAUCGAUGAUCGAUCAAUGAGAUUAGCUCGAUUAGGGCACAUAGUUCCUCUGCCAACCCCUCUUAAGCCUGAUGGACCACGGAUUCACAUAACUCGAUAUGCUAAUGUCAAUCCCAAGGAAUUCACCAUCCUAGAUCUCUUUAAGAAUCAACUUCGAAUUUUCGAAAUUCAAAUGUUCGAAGAUGACAAUUGUGUUAUUGGGGGAGUCGUUAAUGUUGCCGACUUGGGUAACAGCCCCAAGGGUCUUAUUUUACAAUUCGAUCCUGUUCUGAUCAAAAAAUUAAGUGUUUUUGCGGAUAAAGCUGCUCCAAUUCGAAUAAAGGGUCUGCAUUUGAUAAAUGUUCCAAAAGAAGCUGCCGCUGUUAUUAAUAUUGCUAGAAGUUUAAUGUCGAAAAAAAUUCGAGAAAGGCUGAUUGUUCAUCCAACACUUGAAAGCCUUCACAAAUACAUUCCACAGGAGUAUCUUCCUAAGGAUUAUGGCGGUCACAAUGGCACCUUACAGGAAGCAAUCGAUGGGUGGGAGAAACGAUUGUUAGAUCAUAGAGAAUUCUUUGAAGAAGAUGUUCAGUACAAAGUGAAUGAAAAGGCGCGAAUAGGAUCAAGAAUGAAUUUGGAGUCAGUUUUUGGCUUGGAAGGAUCUUUUCGAAAAUUAGAAAACAGUUGGAUAUUAGGGUUCAAUAGUAAGACAAUGAAUUCAUGCAAAUCACAAACUGCUGAUAUUCGACAAAUUUCGCCCGAACUAGCCGAAAAGGCUCGAACUGAACUUCACGAAGUAGAGAAACGUAUCCCCCAAGAUAUAGCAGCUCUUCGAGAAUGGAUUAAAAAACAACCACAUUUAAAAACUAGAACAAACGAUCAGUUUUUAAUAACUUUCCUGAGAGGUUGUAAAUACAGUUUGGAGAAGGCAAAACGUAAAAUUGAUAAUUUCCAUGCCGCCAGAAGUAUCUACCCGGAUAUAUUUUUAAAUAAUCCAAUAUCGGACAAAUUUUUGAAACUAACAAGAAUUGGACCACUUCUACCCUUGCCAAAGCCAUUAGGAGCCGAUGGACCAUGUAUAAUUUUAUCUCGCUAUAACAAUAUCAAUCUCGAUGAAUUCUCAUAUCUUGAUCUUUACAAAAGUCAGUUGCGUAUUUUUAACAUUCAAAUGCUUGAAAACGACAAUUGUACUAUCGGAGGAUUUAUCAAUGUCGUUGAUAUGGCACAAAUAACGUUUGAUUUUGUUAUAAAAUUUGAUACUGUUUUAGCUAAAAAGCUAUUAGUUUUCUCAGAUAAAGCUAUACCUUUGCGAGUAAUUGCAGUUCAUAUAGUAAAUUUCCCACCUGGAGCAUAUUCAUUUGUGAAAAUGAUUCAGAAUUUUUCACCUAAGAAAAUUAAAGACAGGGUUAUGAUACAUUCAUCACUUGAAAGUUUCUACGAACACUUUCCGAAGGAGUUUAUGCCAGAAGAAUAUGGAGGAAAUAAUGGCCGUAUCAGUGAAUGUAUCGAAACAGUUGAAAAACUUGCGCUAAAAUAUAAACCAUAUUUCGAAGAAGACGAUCAGUAUAAAUCUGAUGAAAAGCUGCGAGUUGGCAUGAAGGUUACUUCAGAAUCUCUUUUUGGACUGGAUGGAUCGUUUCGGAAAUUGGACUUAGAUUAAAUGAUUUCUUUGCAGUUUUACUUUGGAAUUUAUUAGCACUCUAUAAA